GAUAUAUAAAGCAAAGUGGGUUCUUUCCAAGUUUUGCCGAAGCAGCCCUUGCCUUGCAAUUACUGCCCUACGUAUAGGAAUUUGGACUUUCAAUAGAGUAGUGCAUCCUUAAUUGUGGCAUUAUCCACAACAUGCAAGCAGCGAAAGGCGGUACUCGCAUUAUGCACACCAACCCCACGAGACUUUUGUCAAAGAUUUCGCGGCGUAAUUUAUCUGGGCUUAGAAUCAACUCAGAUAGGCUUUGGGAAACUCUGCAUGAAACAUGCAAAUGGGGUGCAGCUCAUCGAUAUGGCAAGGGGCCUACGGAGACAGGAAUGGCCCGCUUGACUCUCACAGAUGAGGACGCACACGUUCGAAGGUGGUUGGCUGCCGAGGUCACGAAACUGGGAUGCUCCCUUUCGAUAGACCAGAUGGGAAACAUGUUUGCACGACAGUCAGGGAAGCUUAAAUCAUCUGCCCCAAUGAUUGCAAUGGGAAGUCAUCUUGACACACAGCCUCGAGGAGGUCGUUAUGACGGAAUCCUUGGAGUAAUGGCCGCAUUGGAAGUACUCCGAACGAUGAAAGAAAAUGGGUUCCAGACCAUUCAUGAUAUUGGGCUUGUAAAUUGGACAAAUGAGGAAGGAGCUCGAUUCCCCAGAUCAAUGUGUUCUUCUGGCGUGUGGGCAGGUGUGAUCCCAAUUGAAUCGGCCUGGAACCUGCAUGAUAUCCAUGACAGCAGCACAACUCUUCGAUCAGAGCUUGAAAAACAUGGGUUUCUGGGAAGCAUGGCUUGCUCCAGUAAUGCAGCGAAUGGGACGUUACUCGGAGCGCAUUUUGAACUGCACAUCGAACAGGGUCCAAUUUUACAAGAUAGCAACAGAUCUAUUGGUGUCGUCAAGGGCGCCCAAGGAUACAGAUGGCUGACCUUUAGGGUCCUUGGACGAGAUGCUCAUACCGGAACCACGCCGCUCAGUGCUCGACAAGACCCUUUACUCGCUGCAUCCAGAAUGAUUAUUUCCUCUCACGAAAUUGCCAAACGGUACGACGCAUUGGCAUCGACCGGUGUGCUUAAAUUACCAUCAAAUGCCUCUACAAAUACUGUCGCCUCGGAAGUCACAUUUACUCUUGAUAUCCGGCACCCGCAGGAUAGUGUUGUCCAAUUUGUCCAGGAAGAGUGUUUGAAAUCCUUUUCGGCCAUUGCAUCACAGGACGGACGGGGAGUAGCAUUUGACUGGACAUUGGACACCGACUCUCCCGCUGUCCAAUUUGACAAGAACUGUAUCAGUUCUAUCGAGGCAGCUGCAGAUGCACUGGUUGGCCCGGAUAAGCGGAUGUCAAUGACAAGCGGUGCCGGACAUGAUAGUGUCUACACAAAUAAACACUGUCCGACAGCUAUGAUCUUUGUCCCUUGUCGAGAUGGGGUCAGUCAUAACCCAACGGAGUAUUGUAGUCCAGAAGAUUGGUAUGUUUUUCUAGCCAUGUAUGGUUGAUAAACUCAGAUUCUGAUUUUUAUAUAGUACUCUGGGCACCCAAGCUUUGCUCGAAGCAGUAGUGCAUUACGACCGACACCACAUGGGGGCGACUUGAGCACAGGCCAUAGGAUGGUCUCAAGUUAUUGCAGGCGCAGAUUGACCCAGGAAAGGGUUAUUAUAGAUGGAAUUUCAUUUUGAAUAGAGCUUCAGGGCGGCUUUUAGCCUUUCACCCCGGAAAAGGCUCCGACUCGGAACUAUCGAUUGGAGACUUGGAGCCUUUAAAAA